AGCGCAUUGUCUAUAGAUCUGCAUUCACCGACCCGGGCCUGUGCAGAACUAUGAAGCAAAGUCCGGAACGGUUCUGCAUUGAUUGCACUCGCUGAACCUCUCUUAGGCUGCUUUACGCUAGCAUUUGAUGCACUGUUAAGGCAGCAUAUGGCUUUCAACGGCGCUCGCUGGCGCGUGCUGGCGUGCGUGCCAGUGAGCGACGAUGGGCUCGGGGGUGUGCAGGGAGCAAUCCUGGACUUGGCGGGGCCCGAGAGUGGACCGAGCAAUGCCCAGGUGGUCACGUUAACAAACCCAUCGCUGUCGGAGUUCAACGAGGCGGUUGCUGCGAGCCGGCCAAACUUCAUUUAUGUAGCGGCACCGCCGCUGCAACGAGAGGAAAAGUCGGCCGGGGUUGUCGGGGCUUUCCACUUUCGAGGUGACAUAACGCCAGGGGAAGAGGCUCUGUUAACUGCACUGGCGGAGGCGCGGCCAGAGGUGGCGUACGUGGAUGCUGUGGUAUCACCGCACUUCGGCCCGUCGUUGCACCAGCGUGGAGUGGCCAACGUAGUGGUGUGGCCGGCGGGCACCGCCAUCCCCACCGCCGUGGCUGCACACUACAACUGCGCGUUUGCGGCCUUCCUGAUCAACACGCUCGCCUCGCCGCCAGAGGCCUUCGCGGCGGCCAGCCACAGCACGCAGGCGCACUGUAUGGUGCUGGGCUCGGACGGCACGCACACGGUGCCGGCCCUGCCCGCCUUCGUGGGCGCCGCCCGGCCUGCGCUGCCCGACAGCGCCUCCAUUCCGCCGCUGGCGGUGCCGCCGGGCCUGCAGCAGCAGCUGGACCCAAACAACCUGCCCGCCUUCCCGGGCUGGACGGAUGUGCGGCUGCUUGCGCCGCGCGCCGAGCUGCGCCUGCUGCUGACGGGCGGCAGCGGGCUGGUGGACAGCACGCGGCUGUCCUUCCUGGGCGAGGCGCUGCGGGCGCUGCUGGUCAUGGAGGCCAGGGGGCUGCAGCUGACGGCGCGCACGCCUCUGGACAAGCUGCCUCGCAACCUGCCUGCCGGCUGCGCGGCGGCGCGGUGCGACUACACCACCUCCAGCGGCGCUGCGGGCAGUGUGGUGCUGGGCGCGCCGCCCGCAGUGCUGGAGCACCCCACGCUGGUGGAGCACGCGCUCAGGAUGACGCUGGUGACGGACGCGGUGAGCCUGCAGUUUCGGCUGCCGCCGCCGGGGCUGUCGCUGCCCACGCCGCGCAGCAGCAAGGCGGUGGCGGGCGGCACGCCGGUGGUGGACACGGUGGUGGUCACCAGCGUGUGGGCGGUGGAGGUGCUGCGAGCGCUGUGCAAGGAGCCGAGGUAUCGCAGCCUGGCGGCGUUGGGCGUGGCGGCGGUGGGCAACGCCGCCGACUGCGCCUUCACGCCCGCCGACGUUGCGCGCAUGGGCCUCAUAGCCGGCGGCCUGCCCGCGGCCAACGGCGCCGUCGCAACCACCAUCGCCGCGGCUUCCUCGGACCCUGCGUCAGCGCAGGCGCCCGGCGGCGGGCUGCAGACGGCGGACACGCUGCCGUCGCCUUCGGCGCAGCACGGCGUCGCUGCCGGCGUGGGCGCCGGCGUGGGCGAUGACGUCAUCAUGACCGACAUGCCGGCGGGCCUGGCGGACGGCGGGCACACGUACUUCGGGGCAGACGCCAUGAUGGGGUACGCCAUGAACGGGCAUCUCCACUUCCUCGGGAAUAGCGACAUGGCCGCGGCGGCAGGCUACGCCGCCGCAGCCUCCCCGGACAGCCCGGUGGGCGGCGCCGGCGACGGGCUCGGCGGCAGCGGCGACGGUGCGCCGGCUGGGCCGGGCUCUGGGGCAGCGGACGGUGGCGGCACGGCUGGUGUUGCGAACGGAAACGGGGCGUCGCCGCUUGACGGAUGGGGCGCUGGCGGUUCGGCUCGGCACGACAAGCCACCCAACUUCACUGGUGAUUUGCCGGGCUACACCUGCCGGCGGCCGCCGCUGUCGGCCUGCAGCGAGGCGCAGUUCUACGACGACCUGUGCGAGUUCCUCACGCUGCUGCGAGGCAAGACCGUGGAGCGGAGCAAGUUCCCAGAGGCGGUGCUCAACGGCGUGUCGCUGGACUUGUUUGCGCUGUACCGCGAGGUGGUGUCGCGCGGCGGCUUCCGGGUCGGCAACGGCAUUAACUGGAAGGGCCAGGUGUUCCCGCGCAUGCGCAACUGGACGGAGAGCAACAAGCAGACUGGCGUCGGCAAUGCGCUGAAGCGCCACUACCAGAACUACUUGUGGGAGUACGAGGUGGCGCACCCGGAGGACGUCACGCUGGACCGCUGCGUGCUCUGCAACGCGCGCGACCGCGAGGGCGGCGCAGCCGACUGGCUGUGCUGCGACUGCUGCGAGAACUGGGUGCACCACUCCUGCGACAAGCGGCCGGGGCUGGGGCAGUACAAGGACUACACGCAGGGCAACGGGCGUGUGUACGUUUGCCCCUCCUGCAGCCGGGAGCAGGAGGCGGGCGAGGCGCUGAAGCGGCAACGCACGGCGUAAGACACGUACGAGACUCGCGGUGGCCGUGGUCGUGGUCGUGGCGGGGGCAUGCAGGAUGGCGCGGGCGGUGAUGUGUGUGGUAUGUCCGUGGCGCGCUGGCGGUGUGCAGGUGUCAGGAGCGUGCUCGGGCUGCCGCGUAUACGCGUGCGCAGGCGCGUCUGGGUAUUGUGAGAUGUGCAGUCAGGGGAGGAUUGCUAUUGUAAGCUGAGUUGGUAUGACGGCUGUUCGAUCGACUGGUGGCAGGACUAUGCAACAUAGCAUCCCCAGAAUCAUGGGGACGUAAGGACGUUCCGGAUGUGGAACCGUGCUCGGACGUGGAAUCGUGCUGAGGG